AGGACACUGAGGUAUAGGUUUAGGGUAGGGACGUCCCAAGGAUUCCGGAUAACACUAACCUUUUCCCGUUCGCAGUUUUGCAAUAGACGAAACGUUUGGCAGCAGAAUCGGCGUAAUGAAUACACCCCAGUUUCAGUGACACGUCAUUUUUGUGCGGCGUCUGACGGAAGCGACUUACAUCUUGAUUCUCUUUGCACGUUUUGGGUCUUUUUGUUCAUAAGAAAACAUGUCCAACUCGGUAAUUUCAGUUAUUUCUCGAUUCUUGGAGGAAUACAGGACCAAAACAUCGAAUAAAUUGAAAGUGGUCGACGCCUACCUUUUCUACAUCUUGUUAACUGGUGCAUUGCAGUUUCUGUACUGCUUGCUGGUUGGCACCUUCCCAUUCAACAGCUUUCUGGCCGGGUUCAUAUCUUGUGUUGGAGCCUUCAUCCUGGGAGUCUGCCUGCGUAUCCAGAUCAAUCCAGAUAACAAAGGAGACUUCCUGUCCAUAUCCCAGGAGAGGGCCUUUGCCGAUUUCUUAUUAGCCCACACUGUCCUGCACCUCGUGGUCAUUAAUUUUAUUGGUUGAGAAACUAAUGAUUUGAACCCUCAGACCAGAUUAACAACAGACUUGACCAAAAUGCACCUGUCACCUCAAGACAACAUUCAUACAAUAAGAUUUUGCCACCCUAAUUUACCCUAACUGUAAGUGCAUGGGCCGAUCAAUAAUGACUGUAAUAAUACCCACAUCUUCUACAAAUUUCUGUCACUCAACUGUCAGUUUCUCAAAUAAUUAUUUUGUACUGUUUGUAUGAUUGUUGCAAACCACUUGAGAUUGUUGAAAUAAAAUAAAAAUAAUUGUUGAAGAAA